UGAAGAGACUUUCCCGGAAAUGUACCCGCGACAUUAGGUCUCCUGCAACGUUUGCCACCUUACAGCAUGACCGACAGCAGUCCAGGUGGCUAUUAUGUCGUUCACGGCGGCUGACUCCAAUGAGCAGGCGGCCACCGCGGACACAGUCGGCCUUUUACAAACACAGCGUCCAGAAGUGCCGGCCUCCUGUCGGAAACUUUGUGUUUUUGUCCCCGUCGCAACUCGCCCGGCCAUGUCUUCCGCCUCCAACGGCAGCGCGCGCUUCAACGAGGCCCGCAGAGUGGCGAUCUUCGGCGGGACUCACGGCAACGAGAUGUCCGGCGUGACGCUCGUCAACCUGUGGAUGAAGAACGGCGCCGAGAUCCAAAGGAAGACCGUCGACACCAAGCCUUUCAUCACCAACCCCAGGGCUGUGGAGAAAUGCGCCAGAUACGUGGACACCGACCUCAACCGAGCUUUCACGCCAGAAAACCUCAGUGCUUCCGGGGGCAAGGAGUUACCCUACGAGGUGCAGAGAGCUCAGGAGAUCAACAGACUGUUUGGCCCGAAAGGAAGCCCGGAGGCCUACGAUGUCAUCUUUGACCUCCACAACACCACGUCGAAUAUGGGCUGCACUCUCAUUCUGGAGAACUCAAAAGACCACUUCAAUCUGCAGAUGAUGAACUACAUAAAGAAAGCCACGGCUCCCGCCGGUUGUCUCGUUCUGCUAAACGAACAUCCUCUUCUGAAAUAUUCCACUUCCCGCUCGGUAGCCAAACAUCCCGUUGGCUUGGAGGUGGGUCCUCAGCCCCAAGGGGUUUUGAGGAGUAACAUAUUUGAAGCCAUGAGGGUCAUACUGAAACAUGCUCUGGACUUCAUCGCUUUGUUUAAUGAAGGCAUGGAAUUUCCGUCCUGUACAGUGGAAGUUUUCCGGGUUUCAGAGAGGGUUGACUACCCCAGAGACGCCAAUGGAAACAUUAUUGCCAUGGUGCACCCCAAUCUGCAGGACUGCGACUGGGAGCCAUUGAACCCGGGCGACCCGAUGUUCCAAACAUUUGAUGGGAAGACCGUUCCCUACCAAGGCGCCGGCACUGUUUAUCCCACGUUUAUUAAUGAGGCAGCCUAUUAUGAAAAACAACAGGCAUUUGUGACCACUAGACGAGAAACUCUAGUGGCAAGCGCCAUCAGAAAAGCAUGAAAAGAAAACCGUGGAUUCGGAGGGCGCACGUGAGCCACCACAACAAUUUGUAUAUAUCUUUUGCACUUUCUUCCUCACAUAACAAUCGAUGCCAUCUUCUGCUCAAUGGUUUUAUUUUUUUGUGCACUUAAUGACAGAAAAUCAGUUAACUAUGCAAAGAACGUGGAAUCUUUGCAAGGCAAAGACUUUGCUGUGACGAGUCUUUAAUCUGAAGAUUUAAGGUACAGUAUUUGUGGUUAAUUUAUGAUAGUUAUUUAAAAAAUAUACUUUUGAUUAAAUCAAUCCUUUUAUGAGAUUAAAUCUCGAGGUUAAUCAUUAAAGGCCUGAUUUGUUCCUGCUUUAUGAUUAGUUGCUGUACAUUUCCUUUUUAUGCUCAGGAAGCCAAUUGGGGAUCAUAACCUGCAACCUUUGACCCCCCAGCCGCAGUGAUUUGUCUUCCUCAUGAAUAUAUUUGUAAGAUCCCGGGAGGUUAUUUGUGGCCUUUGAAACUAUUUGCCUGUAACUUUUGUGGUUGCAUCUGUGGUGCUCCUAAUCCUAUUGUUGCCUUAAAAAAAAAAGACUAAAUUGCACUGCCAAAUUGAAGUUGAUGUGUUUGAUAAUAACAUACAGGUAUUUUAAUAAUAAGAAUGCAGUAUACACUGUAUGCUCCUUCCUUCUCUACACAAUGAAAAUGAAAAAGUAAUAUGUGUCUAUUUUGGUAUUCUCGUACUGUGUAGCUGUUCUCAAGUCAGAUGUAGAUAGUUUUUACGUUUUGAUGUCUUUGUCGUCAUCAAGGGUAUCCUUGUGGUCUCAUCGUAAUAAUGUUUCAUCAUUUUACGUGUUGCCACCAUUUAUACGAGAAUCAAAGUUCACUGUCCUUUCAAUCCUGUGGAAAUAGUCCCAAAAAUAAAUGUCAAAUAUCGAU